CCAGGCACGUUCACUUUGACGUCCUAUUAUCAGAACGAGGCCAACAGAUACGACAGUAGACUCAUUUUGUUCUUGUUUUUUUUGUUAGUUUUAAACUGGACGAUAUAGAUUGUUAGACAAUAUACCAACAGAUACGACAGUAGACUCAUUUUGUUCUUGUUUUUUUUGUUAGUUUUAAACUGGACGAUAUAGAUUGUUAGACAAUAUACCAACAGAUACGACAGUAGACUCAUUUUGUUCUUGUUUUUUUUUUUUAUUUUUAAACUCGACAAUAAAGAUUAUUAGACAAUUAUACACAUUUUUCGACUAUGGCCGGAUCUGUGGUUCAAGCAGCAUUUGUCGUCGUUCUAACUAUCCUGAUCUGCAGCGAAACGAUUCUCGCGUAUCCUUGGCAAAAAGCGUACGUAUUACGACAGGCAAAUUACUGGUGGACACGGCAGUACCUGCUAAUGGGAGAGAGACAGGAGGCGUUCGGUGGCAAUUUGAUACUGAAUCCCAUCGAGACCAAAGCCAAUGAGAUUCUGAUGACCGCAAAAACUCAGGAGAUCAACGACGGUUUUGUCAAGGGUAACUCCUUCUUACCGUCGCGUAACUUCCUAGAAGUGAUGCCAGAAAUCGAGAAAUCCGAGGUCUUCAAGAUCUUGCGCGAUCUUCCCAAGGGUGGUGUUCUCCACGUCCACGACUCCGCAAUGGUGUCCCUCGACUACAAAUUGAACAACUUGACUUAUCGCGAUAAUUUGUACGUGUGCGAUGAGAACGACACGUUCGUGAUGAAAUUUUUCGACACGCCCAAUGAUCAAUGCAAUUGGCAAUUACUGAGGGAUUUGCGUCAGAAUCCGGAUCGGGCGAAAGCGAUCAACGAGAAGAUCGCGCAAAAGAUGACGAUGGUCGUGAAGAAUCCGAACAGCGUUUACGAAACGGUCAACGAUGCUUGGCGUAAAUUCGACAGCAUAUUCGCGUUUAUGAACACGUGGAUGGCCUACCCACCUGUCCGCAAGGAUCACUUUUAUCAAGGUCUGCAGGAGUUGUACGACGACAACGUGAUGUACGUAGAGGUGCGAUCAGGUCUGUCGAAGAUGUACGAUCUUAAUGGCACAAUGUACGGACCGGUGGAAGUCGCGAGACUUUACAAAGAAGUCAGCGACAGAUUUUUAAAUGACCAUCCUGACUUCAUUGGCGUUAAGAUCAUAUAUGCGCCAUCCCGCUUUGUCGAAAAUGUUGACAAUUAUCUGAAGACAAUGAUAGAGUUGAAUAAACUCUAUCCGGAUUUCGUGGUUGGUUUCGAUCUGGUCGGUCAGGAAGACAAGGGAACUCCUCUCAUUAAGUUCGUCGACACAUUGAACACCGUCAAUCCGGACAUUCAGUUCUUUUUCCACGCCGGAGAGACCAACUGGGACGGCGAACCCACUGACAUGAAUAUUAUCGACGCCGUGUUGCUCAGAAGCAAACGUAUCGGUCACGGAUACGCAUUGACGAAGCAUCCGUAUUUCUGGGACUUAAUGAAUCAGUUCGAAAUCGCGGUAGAAGUCUGUCCUAUUUCGAAUCAGGUCCUCGCGCUCGUGAAGGACUUGCGAAAUCAUCCUGCAACGACUCUGUUCGCGACGGGAUCGCCCGUCGUAAUUUCCAACGACGAUCCUGGCCUCUGGAACGCUAAAGGACUGACUCACGACUUCUACGAGGCUUUUAUGGCACUCAUGAGCGCCAGCUCGGAUCUUGGAAGUCUUAAACAAUUGGCAAUGAACUCGUUUAUUUACAGCAGUUUAAACAAUACAGAAAAACAAAACGCGCUGACGCGAUGGCAGGACAAAUGGGAUGCCUUCGUGGACAAGCUGGCUCAGUCUAAUAACGGUGAAAUGUAGAAGUUUUGUUCUCACAGAACAAAAAUUCACAGAAACUUCACGAAAUGCGAUAAAAUGGAUAUCUAACAAACCUAGCUGUAAACAUCUAAUGCAUUUCUAAUAAGAUUUUUGUUCUGUCUGGAGCUAAUCUCUAACAUGCGCGGACUCUGCGUUGAUAACGCGAUACGACUACUAACUUGCACGUGUAAACACAAAAGAUAAUCGCGAUUAAAUAAAACAAAACGACAUAAUCUGAGAACUCGAAAAUUUUAGAAAUUCCGAUGUUCUGUACGAUUGCACCAUUUGUAAACGGUCUAUCGAUCAAAAUCAUUGGAAUUUUUCACACUGCGCGUUCUUAAUUCAUUCUGUUGAAUGUUUUAUCAGAGAACUGUAUCAUAAAUUAUGUACAUACUUAAUUUCCGCUACUUUGUUCUGUGUGUUUUUUUUUCUAUGGACGCAUUUCGCGUGAAUAAUUUUAACUCCUUUGAAAAAUGACACGUUUAUUGAAAACUACAUGUUCAUCAAACAUUCUUCAAACAGAUUAUUCUAUAUUGCUAUUAUGUUUGUUUUUGUACAAUAAAGCACGUACCGUUUACAAAAUAAAUGUUAGUCUUUUCAUCGUG